AUGUCCUUCCGAAAGCGCAACGUCGUCCUAUCCGGCACGGCUGCUGGUGAGGUUUCGCCCCGGCGGCCACAGACGUCUCCAAUCGACCGGGGCGCACCUGCCGCGCGACCUGGCAACGCUUCACUACAGGCUGCUUUGCCGUUACGGCAGGCACUAGGCACUGCAUCCCCUGGCCCGGGAAAGUCGUCGCCGGGCCCCAGGCACAGGCCCCUCCGGAAGCCAACGUGGCAGCCCGGCGAGCGCACGGUGCUCAGCCCUGAGGAACAGGCCCGUCUCGAGCCCGAGAAGAAGAGAAUCCGCGCAGCUCUUGCAAAGGAGUACGAGAAGAUCCUUCGCCCUACGCCAGCGUCGAGACUGCCACCACUUGACGCCGGAGCGCGGCCUUCGCCCUACGACGGCCGGCCCAUUACAUCCACAGGCACCGCGUCCGUCGACCAGCUGCUGGCAGGUUACGGCGGACUCGUCCUGGGCCACUCACUGCUUGUCGAGGAGCAGGGCACGACCGAUUUUGCCAGCGUCCUGCUGCGCGCGUAUGCGGCAGAGGGUCUGGUGCAAGGCCACCAUGUCCACGUGCUGGGCGUGGGCGCUGGAUGGCGGACAGAGCUCCCAGGACUGGCAUCCGCAUCGUCAUCCUCGUCCAGGGGCAAGCACGCACAGGAUGCUGCCAGUGACAAGAUGAAGAUUGCAUGGCGCUACGAGGCGCUGGCACCGCGACCAACGGCGAAGCCUCAGAGAGGAUCUACGCAAGGAACUCCUGGUACGCCCAUUGCUACCUUCUGCCACACGUUUGAUCUGACCAAACGCCUGGCUCCAACGGACAUCAAAGGCACAUUGCACGCUUCUCCACUGCCAAAUCCCCUGCAGCCCUCGCUGCAGCCCGAGCUCGAAAACUCGCCGAUUCGCACGUUCCUCGCAUCCAUCAGUGCCAGUCUUGCAUCGACACCGCCAUCCACGAUCCAUCGCGUUGUCUUGCCCAGUUUCCUGGCCCCGACGCUCUACGCCAUGGACGGCUGGAGCUUCCCCUACGUUUUGGGACUGUUCGCGGGUCUUCGCAGCCUCCUGCGUGACCAUGGUCGCCGCCUGACGGUCAUGCUGUCCCUCUCCACGACUCUGUACGAGCGCCACAACGAGUACGUGCGCCAGCUCGAGAACCUCUGCGACAACGUCGUCGAGCUGGUGCCGCUGCCGCCGGGGCCGCCUUCGGCCGCCACCAGGACUGGCUCGUCCUCGUCGUCCGCCCACAACGACAAGUCGCCCGCCGACAAGAUGCAGGGCUGGUUCAAGGUUCACAAGCUGCAGCUGUACUCGGAGAUUGGUGGUGCUGGUGCCACGCCGCAGGGCAAAUCGCUGCACGAAAACCUGUGUUUCAGCGUCAGCGGCUCCAAGGGUCUUGUUGUCGACCCGUACAGCUUGCCACCGAUUGAAGAUGACAACGGCAAAGAAAAGUCGCCUGCGAGCACUGUCAAAGACGGUAUGGCGUUUUGA